CCCCGCGCCUGGGAUAGUGAGUGUGCUGUUACAAGUGCGUGGUCUCAUUGUUGCUAGAGUUAUACUGUGCGAUUAAUUUGUAAGGUUUCCUGCAAUUGUUGGGGAACGUGUAGAGGAAAGAACUUGGCAGGAAAUAAAGAGCAUGGUCCCGGACUGGUGGACGCUGUGCUGGUCUGUGGUGGCGGGCCUGCUGGUGCUCGCCGCUUUCCGCUGGUACCGCUUCCACACGCACUUCGCGCGUCGCGGCCUGCCCUACGCACCGCCGCUUCCCUUCGUCGGAAACAUGCUGGACACGCUGAUCGGCAGGUGGUCCCUGACUGAUCACGUGAUCGUACUGUACAACAAGUUCCAGAAACAUCGAUAUGCGGGAGUCUACUUCUUCGGAAACCCCCUCGUCAUGGUGAGGGAUCCAGAGAUCCUUCGCACCAUCACCGUCAAGGAUUUUGAUCACUUUACCGACCACCUUGACGUGGCAAAUAUCGACAAUGAAGAUAUUCUGCUGCAAAAGAUGUUAAUCAACUUGAAAGGAAAGGAAUGGCACGACAUGCGGACCACCUUGAGCCCGGCAUUCACCACUACGAAGAUAAAGAAUAUGUUCGUGCUGAUGACAGAGAUUGGACAGCAAAUGAUCAGUUAUCUUUCUGAGAAGACAGCUGAACACAAAGGUUCCAGUGGAAACGACGUCCUGACACUGGAGAUGAAGGAAUUUUUCACUCGUGUUACCAACGACGUAAUAGCCACCACAGCUUUUGGUGUCAGGGUGGACUCGCUGUCGGAACCCAACAACACUUUCUACAGUAUGGGCCGUGCUAUGAGCAACGUGAAAGUACUUGUUGCUUUCGGUUACUUUGUCUCUCCGAAGCUCAUGAAGCUGUUGAACAUUCCGUUCUUCGACCGAAGGGCGGAGCAGUACUUCAGGUCGGUGGUUGCAGAUACUAUCAAGACGCGAGAUAAAGAGGGAAUCGUCCGUCCAGAUGUUAUCCAACUGUUGAUGGAGGCUAGGAGGGGUGAACUGAAGCCAGAAGAGGACGAACAGAACGGCACCAGUGGAGGCCGGCGCAUGAAACUCACCGAAGAAGACGUGGCGGCGCAGGCGAUAUUUUUCUUCUUCGCUGGCUUCGAGACCGUGGCGAGCGUGCUGACAUUCUGCAGCUACCUGCUGGCGACGAACGGCGGCGUGCAGCGGCGGCUGCAGCAGGAGGUGGACCAGCUGAUGGAGAAGAGCGACGGCCAGCCCGGCUACGAGCAGGUCGUGGCCAGCCAGUACCUCGACAUGGUCGUCUCUGAGACGCUGCGCAUGUACACCCCUGGCUCAGCCUCAGACCGCAAGUGCGUGAAGCCGUACCGCCUGCCCGCUACGGACAGCUGCCCGGACGGACUCCAGCUGGAGCCUGGAGACGGCGUCUGGAUCCCCGCGCACGCCCUCCACCACGACGAGAAGUACUUCCCUGACCCCGAGCGCUUCGACCCGGAGCGCUUCAGCCCGGAGAACAAGCAUCUCAUCAAGCCCUUCACCUACAUCCCGUUCGGCGUGGGACCUCGUAUUUGCAUCGCCCAGAGGUUCGCACUACUGGAGUUGAAGGUGAUGCUCGUCUACCUGCUGUCCAAGUUUACUCUCCGCGUGGUCGACAAGACGCCGGUACCUCUGCAGAUCAAGCCGAACAGCCUCAUGCUGUCCAUCAAAGGUGGCGCCUGGCUGGGAAUCACUCCCAGAUCGUGAAGCAUUAAAAAGUGAUUGGAAGAGCCAAAGCUACCUGACACAUACUCUGUGAUUUGCACU